AUCAAAGCUCUGUGUAAACUAUUUUAAACAAAAUGUAGUAACUUGUAACAUAUCCACGAAACAUUUUGCGUAAGUCCCUUUCGUAACAUACAGUUUAAGCUCCAAUAAGAAGACAAAAUUAUAAAAAAAAACUGUGCACAAUUCCGAACAUGGCAAGUGAUCACGAACUGCAAUGAGCCACGCUACUCUGACUUCCUCGUGCGAGGAUCUGAAUGAAGCAUCUACUCUAGCUGAAAUUCAGAGAUUGCUCCUGAUGGAUGACCGACUUCAGUCACUCACACCGGAAUCGAAUCCACAUUUUAAUUCAUCACUGCAACAAUUUCCCCUGUUUAACUUCAGUCUGGACGAAGCGUUGCGGAUAUUGUUGAGCGAGAGGCAACGAGAAGAUCGCGAUUUGGGUGGCCAAGCUGAAGUGGCGCUAAUAAUCGUGUACGCCUUAUUGAUGGUGGCAGGUCUCGUGACGAAUUUGCUUGUGAGUUUUGUGGUUGCAAGAAGGGCGCAAAUGCAUACAGCACGGAACUUGUAUAUUGUGAAUCUGACCGUAUCGGACAUAACAUUGUGUGUCAUCUGCAUGCCGUCUACACUAGUCGCCAUACUCAGGAGGCAGUGGACUCUCGGUUCAACCCUGUGCAAGCUCGUUCCGGCGCUGCAAGGUACCAACAUUAUGGUGUCUGUCGGUACGAUAACCGCCAUAGCCCUUGAUCGCUACCUGACGAUCGUGCGCCACUGUCGUAGGGACGGAAGACUCCAAACUAGGCGUCGUGUGAUGCUCAGCAUCGCACUCAUCUGGCUGCUGGCUGCGGCCGUCACAGCCCCCGUCUGCUACUUCCAGGUGGUGGAGGCGGUUACGUUCCAGCGCGUUGUGCUGUAUGAGGCGUGCAUUGAGAGGUGGCCGUCGCGGCGGGCGCGUCUCCUCUACGCAGUCUGCCUCCUGCUACUGCAGUCCGUGAUACCGACACUAGUCGUCGCGACGGUACACGCCCGAAUCGCAUCUUAUCUGAGCGCCCACGCAUCGACCCAGAAGGAUUCCCGUCGGGCGCGUAAGGAACUCGAACGUAAUCGUAGGACGACUCUGCUCCUGACUGGUAUCGCAGUGCUUUUUGCUGUCAGCUGGCUUCCAUUAGGUCUGUUCUCUGUGCUGGUGGACUUGCUGGUCACUCCCACAGCACCCGCGUCCCCACGGGGCUUGUACGUCGCUCUGGCGGCGUGCCAUGUCAUAGCAAUGACGUCCGCUGUUUCUAAUCCAAUUGUGUACGGAUGGCUGAACUCGAACAUCAGGAGGGAAUUCCUACAUCUGCUGCCGGCCAGGUGCGCUUGUGCUACUCAUCGCCGCUCGUCCAACGACCGUGCCAAGGCCACUGCCAUAGGAGUAGCCACCGAAGACGUGACGACAAGAACGCAGCUGAACCACUUCAGCGUGGCGCCCCUGAACUACGGACCUUCUGGCGUGCAACAGACCGCAGCAGCGGAGAGCAUGGUCCUGCUCACGACAUCCAAUCAGGAUUCUCUGAAACUCAAGGAGUCUAGCGAGGUGUCUGUGCUUUAGCGAAAUGACUAAUGAUUGGUCAUGUACACACGGCAGUCAUGUAUUGUCGCAGACGUAAGCAUGAACUUUUAGUAUGUACAUACUGUUGGAAAUAAGGCAACUAGGUGUCUGUCAGCGUAAAUGAAAUUUUGAAUCUGCUCCCUCUAUUUAUCCAGCCCCCUGUCCAAUAGGCGUCGUGGACAAUUUCCCCGGCUGGAAUUUGGAGACAAUUUUUCAUAUAUCUCAAAGAAGUUUCCCGUGUUAAGAUUUAAAUGCUUAAGUGUUGCCAGCUUUAUUAAAUUUAUAGUUUUCCGAAAUAAUUUCUUUUAGAAUGGAAUAAGUUGUUCAGUGCUGAAAUUAAAUUAUUAGGAGGCAUGAGAAUACAUUCCACAAAAUAAAAAUCCGAAACAAUUUUAAUUUUACACGUCUCAACAAAAUUAGCUAGUAGUUUUAAAUAAUGUCAGUAGCAAAAUUGAUAUGUUACGUUUGAUUAAACCCUUUAUAUACUAUUUGAUUUUAUCCGUUAUAAUAUUAAUUCAGAUACUUAAAAUGCAUUUUCAUACCUAUCACAACACUAGAUAUAUAAUUACCGAACAACUUCAUGUGCAAUGGACCCCUUUAUUUUUAUUGAAAUACGUCGAUAAAUUUCGGAAAUUGAACUUAAGAACAGAUAGACAGACAAUCAGUGCCACAAUCUGUGUGUGGAAAGCAAACAAACGAACAACAUAAUAUCUAGGACUGUUGCUGUUAUGCGACUUAAAGAACUGUAGUCAAAUACCUUCCACUUAAUUGGUUUUGACAGCAGUAGAACAAAUGCACAUGAACUCCAGUGAGGUAUGCAAACUGCGUACUCCGAUUCUCUCCGAGUCAGGGGACACCGUAAUAACAUUCACACAGAAAGAAACCUGGACUCUACAACUUCAUUUGAAUAAAAUCUAAUUAACUCUUAGGAAGGUGGAAAUCUUAUUAUCCCGGAGAAUGAAGUUUCAUCCACAAUAGAGUGACGCUUGUAGGUUUUUUGUUUCUCUGAGAGAUGGUGACAUUUUCAAAAGAACUCGGCUUAGGGAUCACUCCUGGAAGUAAAUUAGCCGCCAUUACAACAUUACAGUAUUAUAAAAGUUCGCCAUAGUCUCCGUUGUAUAAAAGAAGUUCAUUACAUGUUUGUUAUUUUAUCCUCAUCUUUGAAAGCAAAUUAAAUAUUCGGUUUAUAUUUCUCUUCGUCAUGUGUGGUCAUAAAUAAAAGAAUUGAGUUCUUAUCGAACUGUUUAUUAAAAAAUCUAUUUAUCUUUAUGAAGCAUAGUCAUUUCUGUGAAUCUAGUACGGGCGAGGUCUCCUAAUGAAAACACCCGGCUCAUGGAGCUGACAAAUCGCAUAAAUCUAUUUCUGCGGUUAAGAAUGUGAGAGCGAUAACUCAGUUAUUCUGCAUAUCUUGAAGGAUUGGCGCUUAAUUAAGCACCAGGGACAAAUUUGCCUUUAAUGAACUCAAGAAAGAAAGUUUAACAUAUGACUUGAUCGGAAUAUGUUAAAAUUCCUGUUCAUAUCAUUAACUUAUUCAGGAUCUCAUUUCUUAAAUUUCUUUGAGUAAGAAACAAAUAAGAAUAUGUAUUUUCAGACACAUUCAGAGCCUAAUUCACGACAUUAAUUACGGCCCAUUUAGCCUCAAUUUUGUUUUCAAAAUUAUCAAUAAACACACACACACACACACACUCGCAGUCCAUUGAAAUAUUAGAGUGGAAAAUUGGGUCAAACUUGCGAUAAAAAAAGGUGGAAAAGUGUACUCCAAAUAUUUUACAAAUGCGUACUUUGAGAUUUUCCAUACUUUACUGGCCGAAAAAAUCCAUUUAUUGCAGACAUAAAACUGCUAUGGCAGAUGCAUAUCUGCUCACCCACCGACACGGUAAACUCUGUGACGUCAACUAAAUUAAAUAGCGAACAGCAUACAUGGAACCUAUGUAGACCAUAAACGACAUUUUGCCACCGACCGACGUGUAUAGUCUACUGAUGCAGACCUUUCACAUUACGAAGAAACAAAUUAUUUUACCUACCGAUUUCGCGUAACCUAUUCAGUUGCUGAUGGCACAAACAUAUUGUUUCAGCUAUAAAUUGACUUUCCAGCCAACCGGUGACUUUAUCUCCACAACUGUUAAACCCGAACUCAACAAAAUUAGAUAAAUAACCGUGUACUUAAAUUUUGAUUUAACAGUGACCGAUGUUUUUGCAAUGUAUUUACUUUGCAUAAGUUACUUUAUUUUGACUUAUUUUUUGUUAAAUAUUCACCACAACACAAAGUUGUUUAUAUACGUAUUCUAUAAAAUUUCUCGGCCAAAACGGCGUGAGUUUUGGACAGAAGACCGAGUUUAGUCGUCGUGAAAUUUUCCAGUCAUAUAUAUUGCAUGUUACUUCAGCACGAUGAGUCGCUUUCUAUUUCUUGGUUUCAUAUCCACGAUACAGAUGCUCUGGACAUAUUGUGUGUCUUUUGGGCUUGAGCUACUUUGCUUGUUAAAUUGUAUCUAAAGUUUAGGUAGAAUUUCACCAGCAUUCAAAACUUGAAGUUUUAUAAUUUUAUAAUUUAGGCAACAUACAAAAACCAAAAUAAUAAUUGUACAUAUUACAAUGCAUCCUUGUCAGACACCUUCCAACUUCGGCGUCUUUCGAAAAUAAUUAUUUAUCAAUCUUUAUAUGAUUACAUAUAAUUCGUUUCGUGUGUACGUGUUUUGCAAACUUAGUGAUGUUUGGGAAAUGUUAUCAGCUUUGAUAUGAACAAGAUUAAUGCUCAUCGAGUUUGUACCCUCUGGGCCUGUUUUAUCUUCACGGUGCUUUUUUGUAGACAUACAAAAUACAUAUUAAAAUGUUAAACAAAGCAAGAAUAUAGAGAACUUAAAAAGUAACGUAAAAUACUGAUUAAAUGGAUAUUUUAAAUAUUAAACAGACAAUUGAAGGAAGAAAGGCAGAAUUGAAAAUGAAAGACAGACAUCAGUCAAAUUACAUUAAAAUUCCAAUAACAGUUUUCUCAUCAUAUUAAAGAGCUCUUUAUCGGAGGUCUCUUUCUGCCGAAGGGCUUAACUUUUAGAACACGUCUGUUCAGAUUUGAAAUCAAAUCACCUUAACACAAUGAGAAUGAAGGUAAACAUAUUUCGGUACGCAAAUAAACUGGCUGUGAUCUUAUUUUACCUUAGGCACUUCGAAAUAUGAACGAGAAUAAAUUUAAACUUUUAUACACGAUGCAUAAAGUUUACAGACAUUACGUUUCAGGCGUCGGUAACCUUGUCAUUAUCGUUGUUCGAAUUGGCUACUCAUAACUUCGUCGAGGGCCACACAAAAAUAUUAAUUGUCAUAGACCUCUGUCCUAUUGCAUAGAGAAUUACUUUCGGACGAUGUGUCCUUCCCGCAGUAAAUAUUACCCAGUGAAAUAAUGAGUGAAAGAUCAGAUUUAUCAUUGUGGUUAUCUCUAGGCGCAGUUAAAAUGCUCAUUUUAUUUUAAGGCCAAAUAAUACUUAAUGAAAAACUGAGUGUUAUCUGUGCAUUGUCUGUUGGUCGGUUCGUUGGGUGGGCGUAUGCAUUGGCUUCAAAAUUCACAAGCACAUGCCGAUUAAAUACUUUUAAAUUCAGACACAUAUUUAUUCCCAUCCGUAAAUAUUAGCGGAAUUAGGAACUAAAGGAUAUCGCUAAACGUCCAACACAACAAAUAUUUUUCACAGACGAAAUGAUUUUGUUAGCAGCAUUGUUUGUUGAUAGUAAGUGGACAGUUUUCGGCUCUCUAAUUGCAGUUACAGCUACAUUACAUUCUUUACGUAAACAUAUUUUUAUUUAUUUUAUUUAAUUUUCCCAAAUUUUAUUUCUGCUAACAUAAUUUGGAAUAGUUUACUCCUGGCAUAUUAAGUGGAAACUAUGCUUCCUUCUUUUAAACUUUCCUAAAAUAAACUCUUAAAAAGACUUUGCCUCGUGUUAGAAGCUGUAUCAGAUAGAAUGGUCUGACCUCUAAAUAUUUGGAAGUCGAACGUAAUGCUGACAAAUGAUUAGGUGACUUACAAUUUAUGUAGAAACUGGAUGUUCUUAAAACUUUUUGUAGCUGUUCAUUACAUUUCUAUGCAGACUUGCUAAAUGAUCUGAAAUUAAAUUUAACUGUACGGAAUGGCUGAAUAACAAAGUUGGCUCGUUAAGAUAGUUUUUUCGCUUGCGGGUAAAUUUCUCUUACUUUGAGUUUAACAACGGUUGUAAGCGAUCUUCUACCACAGGCUAAACAGUUCAGCUUGUGAACAAAUGCGGAAAUUGUGCGAAUCUUCUUUCCUCUACGCUACAAUGUAUUUGCAUAAAACCGCAGUAUAGAGGAGGUAGGUGUAACGCAACACGAAGUUUGCACGUGGCAGAAUUUCGGUUGCAAAAUGCCUAUCGUUGAUUAAUAGCACUAAUGUUGUCAUUUUACAUACAUGUUCUGGAGUAGCAGAUUUAUCUCUAGUUAUUCAAUUUACAAUUCCCUUUUAGCAUUUGUUACAAACGAAAAUUUAAAUUACGUGUUUGCACACAGACGUGAAAUGUAAUAGACUACAUAUGUCUAAUGAAUCCUGCCGUAAAUUUUAAUUAAUAUUCUUUGUCAUCAGUUUUAAUUGCAAAGUUUAUUAAAAUGGUGUUCCACUGUUAACUGAACACUCAAUCAAUUACCUCAAUAGAAAAUAGUCCUUCUUGAUCAGUUACCCAAGAAAUUCCCCGCUUUAUGGAAGCCGAAACUUCGUCACAAGAGUUUGCCAGCAGUGUCUGUACUCAGCCAGAUUAAUCCCAUCUAAACUAUUACACUUCGUCUUCUUAAAAUCCAUUUUAAUAUUAUCCUUGCAUCAAGGCCCAGAUCUUUCAAGUGGUCUCAUUCCUUCAUGAUUUUCAACCGAAACUCUAUACGCAUUUCUCAUCUUCUCCAUGCGUUCAACACCCCAGCCUCACUGAUCUGAUCAUUCUAAUAAUAUUCUGUGACGAUUACAAAUCAUGGAGCUCCGUAUUCUGCACUUUUCCAUUAUUCUGUCAUUAUCCCUCCUAGGUCCAAGUAUUCCCCUCAGCACCCUGUUUUCAAACACCCCCAGUUUGCUUUCUUCCUUUAACGUGAGAAUAAUUUUUUACACCCAUACAAAAUAAUAGUUAAAAUUUCUGGUAGGUCUGUACUUUAAUCUUUACAUUUCUUGAGAGGCAUGUUGUCUUAUGGUUUAAUUAAAAGAAAACAACCAACGGGAAAAAGCGGUGCAUCGUAUUUGGCUCCGGCGAGUUAAGUUUUAGGAUGACUGUAAAUUAUAUAAUGGGAAUGAUAUUGAAUUAACCGCCGUGCCCUAUUUUAAGGCGCUGUCGGUGAUAUUUUCUGUUUUUGCCGAAGAGAAAUACGAAGUGAGGACAGUCUUGCUCAGGGCCGAGAAACGAAGCGGGUACUCUAGAGGAGAAAUAAUCAAAAGAGGGAUUUAUUUUGGUCUGAGGAGCUAUUGUGUUCUGUUAACCACGAGAUGUCGUGAGAUAUUUUGAAUGAUUUCCAUACGCGGUACUGCACUGGGAAUAUUAGGAACCCUGGAGGUAAAUGUAGCUCAACACAUGCGUCACAUCAUGGAGAUGAUGGGUAUAUGUAGCUAAUUUACUGUAAUCAGGUUACAGUGGCAGUCGGCACUGUGAAAUUGGGUUCACACCCAACGAAUUAACUGUCUCUUUCUACAAAGGUUCCGUACUAAAAUACGGAAUGACUUUACUGUCAUUAACUCGUUGAUAUCCUUAUUUAAAUAUAUUUCACAGAAAGUAAUAAAAUAUAUUACACCAAGUUGCUAUAAAACACCGAUAUGUAAAUGAAGGCUGAUGAUGACUGUCUUUUUGGGAUGUUGCACCGUGUAGUCUUGGUUAUCAAAAUCUUUAUAAAGAAAUAAAUCUCCUUUGAAACGCCGAUCAGUAUUAACCAGACUACGCGUCGCUACGCCCCAUAAGACAGUUAUCAUUAAUCAGUAUAAUUAUCUUAUUUUAAAUAAAUUAAUAUUAUCAUGCAAUUAAAAGUAAAUAACACGACGAUUGAUACUUCACCUGAAGCAAAAACCACACCAACUGUGACAGCAGAAGCUUCGAUAACCAUCGUAAAUAAAGGACAUAACUAAUAAACACUCAUUUUAAAUGCAAAUUAUCUAUUGUUAAAACAAAUUUCUUAAUAUGUAUCAAGUUGUGUAAAACAAAAUAGCGCUGCGAAACGAAACACUGAAGAAUGAAUUUCUCAUACUCUUCUGUAAGCAGCUGCCAUCUACAAUUGAGGAAUUCGUACGUUGUUUUAGAGGUUGUGUUGCGCGUUGCGAGAAAAAAGUUUUUGAAAUUGGGUAAGUUUAAACGUAAAUACAUUAAAACUAACAGAAAUGAUUGACUGAUAAGUUAGUGUUUUUAGUGGUUUAAGUGUUGGUGCUUGAACUGUAGACUCAUGAUGUGCAACAUUUAAAGCUGUGGGUGUAGAGGAAUGGCGUCUCCUACAUAACCAAAGCAUGGACAAGAGGGAGGACAGUGAAGGCAUUCUUGUGAACCCCAAUAAUCCUCUAGGGGAAGUUUAUGGCCCUAAGUUGGUGCUGCAACUAAUGGAGGUGUGCCAUAGAUAUGGACUACAUUUUAUCUCAGAUGAAGCAUAUGCACUGUCAAUUUAUGAACUCCAAACAGCAUUCCAAAGUGUGCUGAGCCAACCAUCUCUUCCAGACCCACAGAAGACUCAUGUUUUUUGGUCCUUUAGUAAGGUCUACUUGUUCCAUUUGAGGUGUUCUGCAUUGAAUCAUUCAUAAAUGUGGAAUGUGGUUCUGGUAAUCCAUAAUCCAUGAAGAUGUAUGUGUUAAGUAAUACUAAAAAUAGAAUGUACAAGACAAGAUUUAUGAAGUAUGAUGAUCUUAUCCUUAACCAUUUUAAAUGUAAAAAGCUGGUGAUAAUUGGAUGUGUCAGUAAGUGCUUGUAUUCUUGUGAUUGACUUAGAUAAAAGAGCAAAUCCAUUUCA